AUGGUUGGGGAGACAAAUGUCCCUACCAAUGACGAUCCCGCCUACCGUCUCCUGACCCUGCAAAUCAAACUUCCUUCAAGGGAGCAUAUCCUGAGUAUAUCCGACAGUGAUAGCUGGCUAGAGGCAAAUGCGUUCACAUGGGUCUUUGACGCAACCCACAAGCUGGCGCAAACCCCGACGGCGGACCACCUCCAGAUGAUCUUUUCGCGGGGAUUAUGA